AAACAUUCAAGUACAAGGAAAUUAAGAAUUCAAAGCGAUACCAGUGAUGACGAGGACAACAACCUCGUACUCUCUACAUCAAUCAUUUCUGUUGCUACUUCUUCAUCUAAAUCAGAUCCAGUCAAUACGCCUUCAGUAUCAAGCAGUUCAAAAUCCUCAAAAUCUAAUGAGACUUUAAAGAAAUUUGUUUCAAUAACAACAGAGAGAAUGAAGACAAAAAUUGACCAGGCUUUGGCUAGGGCAGUAUUUGUUACUGGUGUUCCUUUUCAUGGUGUUUCCUUUUCCAUCUUUGAAAAUCCAUAUUGGAAGUUUGCUAUGUCUCUUAUGCGUUCUUCCUAUGAACCUCCAUCUGCGUACCAAAUAAGUAAUCUUCUUUUAAAUUCUGAAUAUGACCAGGUUAUGCAGUCUAUAAAAUCAAAGAUUAAAGCUGCUCCGUGUUUGAGUAUCGUAACUGAUGGAUGGACAAAUAUAAGAGGAGAGAAUUUAAUAAACUUUAUGAUAUCCACUCCAGAGCCGAUAUUUUUGAAAUCAGUCGCACCUGGUAAAGAGCGGGAAACAGCUAAGUUUUUAUCCGGCGAAAUAUUUAAGAUAAUAGAUGAUCUUGUCAAAGAUGAUGUGGAUGUGAAAUCUAUAUUUUUAAUCGUUACUGACAAUGCAGCUAACAUGCGUGCAGCAUGGCAUCUGGUGAAUGAAAAAUAUCCUCACAUUGUGACAAUUGGUUGCUGUGCACAUUCAUUAAAUUUGCUUGUGAAUGAUAUAAUAAAACAGCCAGGAGUUCAGUCUAUAAAGAAAAAAGUAAAAAGGGUAAUUAAAGAAUUCAAGAAUCAUCACGUUAUUAAUGCUGUUUUCAAUUUACAGCAGAAAGAAAAGUAUGGGUCUAAGGCUAUUUCUCUUAAGCUGCCACCAAAAACUAGAUGGUUUUACUUGGUAAUUUCUUUAUACUCAAUCAGAUCCAACAAAGCAGCAAUGCAGGCUACAGUAAUUGAAGAAAAUCUUGAUGUUAAAAAAGAGAUACGGGAUUUAGUUUUGGACAAUGAUGGUUUUUGGGAGCCUAUAAGUGAAUUAAACAAAUUGUUGAUUCAAAUCUCUAAUGCAAUAUCUAAAGUAGAAAGUGAUAAAACUAUACUUUCAGAAGUAUUUCAACUAACAAAACGUCUUAGUCUUGAUGUUCCUCUUGCAGUUGAUGCUUCUUCAAUACUCACAGAUGACGAGAAAGUAAAAGUGAAUAAAGCUAUUGCCGAAAGGCUUUUGGUCUUGGCAAAUUUAGCUGAAUUUAGAACAAAAACUGGUUUUUUUUCUAACAAAAGUAUCUGGGAAGCUGCUGUUCAUGUGAGCCCUGCCACUUGGUGGGGAGGAUUUUGUUCAGAUCAAAAUCUUUAUCCUAUUGCUAUGCGAUUAUUUAAUGUCCCAUCUAGUUCAGCUGCUUGUGAGCGCAACUGGUCAACUCAUGGCUUUGUUCAUUCAAAGAUAAGAAACAGAUUGACAAAUGAACGAGUUCAAAAACAAGUUGCGAUCAAAUGCAAUCUGCGUUUUACCGCAAACGCAUUACCUGAAAAGCCGCCCAAAGCUAAAAAUAAGAAUUUAUAUGAAAAUGAUUGUAAUGUUACCAAUUAUGAACCUGAUUCUGAUAGCACUAAUGAUAUAGAUUUAGGUUUUGAUUUAGACUUCAUGUUUGAACAGUUUGAAACUGAAAGCGAAAGUUACUCACAAUCAGAGUCAGAGUCAGAGACUGAGAAUUCUGGUAUUUCUGGUAGUUUAGUACCAGUCUGA